AUGUUUUGUGACACUGAAGUAUUUUCAAGGAAAGUUUUUGUUGGGGGAUUACCAAUCGACAUAACAGAGACUGAGGUUAAGCAGACUUUUCAGAAAUUUGGAGCUUUGCUGGUAGAUUGGCCUUGCCGUUCUAUGGAUUUUUCUUUUGCAAUUAAAAAGGAGCAAGGUUGGGAUUUAAAGAUUGAGGGAGGGAUUUUUAAAGGGUAUAAGGGUGGGCUUGGUUAG